AUGGGGAAGACAAGUCGUAAAGGUGCUCGUAAGGGCCGUACCACAAGCCAAGUAGCUUUUAUCAGUAACAAUAAGAAAGUUCAUCAGAAGAAGAAGAUGCAGCACGUGGUUGUUACAUCAAAAUUGAAGCAGAAUCAGCAACAGAAGAAUAAAAAGAGCCAUUGGAAGGGUAAAUCUCAAGCUUUGACACCUGCUGAACGUCUUGCCGAGAUGCGGCGCAAGAUCGACGGCGGGAAGUUCCGUAUGCUGAAUGAGCAGCUAUAUACGACCACAGGAGAUGAUGCUUUUUCUACAUUCCAAGACGAUCCAGAGCUUUUUGAUGUGUAUCAUCAAGGCUUUCGAGAAAUGGCAGACAAGUGGCCUACCAAUCCCCUUGACAGCUUCAUUGAUUACGUCAAACGUUAUCCAAAGGCGGUUGUGGCAGAUUUUGGCUGUGGAGAUGCAAGGCUGGCAGAAAGUGUAUCGAACAAGGUGCAUUCGUUUGAUCUCGUGUCUCGGAAAUCCCAUGUGAUUGCAUGCAAUAUUGCUAAGGUCCCCUUGAAGGAUAGCAGCAUUGACAUUGGCGUCUACUGUUUGGCACUUAUGGGCACAAGUGUACGCGAGUAUGUGCAAGAAGUAUAUCGUGUGCUCAAACCUAGAGGCGUGUUGAUGAUUGCCGAGGUAAAAAGCCGCUUUGAGAGUGAGACACUGGGUGGGAUUCAUGGAUUUGUGCAGGCGCUGCGUAAAAUGGGCUUUGACUGCAAGCACAAGGACGAGCGCAACAAGAUGUUUGUGCUCUUUGAGUUUGUCAAGUCGUCGCGUACACCACAGCACGUAAAGCCUAUUGAGUUCAAAGCUUGUGAAUACAAACGACGAUAG